CAGAGAUGGAAGCACUCAAGACGGCAGAGGCGGCGGGCGCGGCGGACGGAGGUGCGGCGGCGGCGGCGGCGGCGGCGGCGGCGGUCGAGGCUGCGCCCGCUGCAGCGGCCGAGCCGGAGGCUGCGGCGGGCAAGUCGGAGCCGGCAAAGGACGAGGCGCGCGACGAGAGGGAGCACCUAAACUUGGUCUUCAUCGGCCACGUCGACGCAGGCAAGUCGACCUUCUGCGGGCAGAUCCUCUACCAGACCAACCAGGUGGACGCGCGCACGAUCGAGAAGUACCAGGCCGAGGCCAAGGAGAAGAACCGCGACUCGUGGUUCCUCGCCUUCAUCAUGGACACCAACGAGGAGGAGCGCGCCAAGGGCAAGACGGUCGAGGUCGGCCGCGCCCACUUCGACUCGGAGAAGAAGCGCUACACGAUCCUGGACGCGCCGGGCCACAAGAACUACGUGCCAAACAUGAUUGCGGGCGCGUGCCAGGCGGACGUCGGCGUGUUGGUCAUCUCUGCUCGCAAGGGCGAGUUCGAGACCGGCUUCGAGCGGGGAGGGCAGACGCGCGAGCACGCGCUGCUCGCAAAGACGCUCGGCGUGCGGUUGCUGGUGGUUGUCAUCAACAAGAUGGAUGACCCCACGGUGAAGUGGUCAAAGGAGCGCCUCGAGCCUGAGUGCAAGGACAAGCUGUCCCCCUUCCUGAAGGGCUGCGGGUACAACGUCAAGAAGGACGGCGACGUCGUCUUUGUGCCCAUCUCGGCGCUCACCGCGGCCAACGUCAUCGCGCCAUUCUCCGAGCCGGGCUGGAUCGACGGGCCCUGCUUCCUGGAGGUGCUCGACCAGCUGCCGGCCUGCGAGCGCAACCGGGACAGCGCGCUGCGGCUGCCCAUCCUCUCCAAGUACAAGGACAUGGGCACCAUCGUCGAGGGCAAGGUGGAGCAGGGCACCAUCCGGGUGGGCGACAAGCUCUGCGUGAUGCCCAACCGCGUGACCGUGCUCCAGCUGUGGCUCGACCAGGAGGAGGUGUCGUACCUCAUCGGCGGCGAGAACGCGCGCGUCAAGCUCAAGGACAUCUCCGACGAGGACAUCAUGCCCGGCUUUGUGGUUGCGCCGCGCGGUGGCCUCGCCUGCCCCGCCGUGAAGCUGUUCGAGGCGCAGAUUCGGAUCGUCGAGCUGCUCGAGCACAAGUCGAUCUUCUCGGCGGGCUACACCGCCAUCCUGCACGUCCACGCCUCCGCCGAGGAGAGCACGAUCGUCCGGCUGACGAGCAGCAUCGACAAGAAGACGGGGCAGCGGUCCAAGAAGCCGCCCAUGUUUGUCAAGUCUGGGGCGAUCGUCACGUGUGUCAUCGAGGUUGAGCAGUCCGUCUGCCUCGAGCCGUUCGAGCAGUGCCCCCAGAUGGGCCGCUUCACGCUCAGAGACGAGGGGUCGACCAUCGGGAUCGGCAAGGUCCUCGCCCUCCUCGAUGAGGCAAAGUGAGGGUAGUGGCGUGUCCGUGUCCGGCGGCGCUUCCCGCCGCGGCG